GGGCGGGGCGGUAUGCAGAGGGGGCUCGGCCGCUCCCCCACAUUCCUGGUGGGCACCGACAGGCAGCGCUACAACCUCCAGCAGCUGCAGCGACGGGAGCAGCACCUGGCCGAGCAGCUCCAGAAGAGCAAGCCCCUCUGCUUCAACGCCACUCGUUCCAGAAGACCCACCCCCUUAAGGCGCUGGGUGGCCAGCGGGACGCGGACGCGACCCUGGUCUCUCCGAUGCUGCUAG